AUGCCCCCAUCACAACUACAAAUCAAGGUGAAUGCUUUGAAAAGACUCAUCAAAGAAAAGGGCUUGUAUGAACAAGAAGUUUCCGAACAGGAACAAUAUGUCAACCAAUUGAAGGCUAAUAAUGGUGACGAAUACGACAUAAAGAAACAAGUUGAAGUGCUUGAGGAAAGUCAACGAAUGGUUCCACAAGUUUCGGCAAAGAUUCAACAAUUGCAGAAAUCGUUACAAGAUUAUUUGGAUAGCUACACUGGGGAUGAAGAUUUAACUGAAGCUAAGGAAUUGCUCAAUUGA